GUUUCCGGUGUGCGCCAUGACGGCGCCGCCGCCGGCCGCCGCGCUCCGCCGCUGGGAACGGGAGCAGGCCCGGUUGAGAGCCAGCAUGGUUGAGGAGGACACGGAGCAGUGGCAGAAGGAUUCCAGUUUUACAGGGCUGGAGAGGGUGGGAGGCGUGGACUUGUCUUACAUCAAAGGAGAUGACACCAGCGCCUGCGCUUCCCUGGUCGUGCUCAGCUACCCGGCUCUUGAGGUGCUGUAUGAGGAUUGCCGGAUGGUGGCUGUGAGUGCCCCAUACGUGGCAGGAUUCUUGGCCUUCCGGGAGGUCCCUUUCCUGGUGGAAGCUGUUCAGAGACUUCAGCAGGAGGAGCCCAAGCUCAAGCCUCAGGUGCUUCUUGUAGAUGGGAAUGGCCUGCUCCAUCCCAGAGGGUUUGGUGUGGCCUGUCACCUCGGAGUCCUGACGGAUCUACCAUGCAUUGGAGUGGCCAAGAACCUCCUGCAGGUGGAUGGCUUGGUCAGGGAUGAGCUGCACAGAGAGCAGAUCCGUUCCCUGCAGAGGGGAGGAGAUACAUUCCCACUGACAGGCGCUUCAGGAAGACUCCUGGGCAUGGUCCUGCGUAGCUGCACCAACAGCUCUAAGCCGCUUUACAUCUCGGUGGGGCACAGGGUGUGCCUGGGGACAGCCGUGCGCCUGGUCCACUCCUGCUGCCGGUACCGCAUCCCGGAGCCCAUCCGCCAGGCUGACAUUAGAUCGAGGGAGUACAUUCGGAAGCAGCUGUGUUCACCGCUGGAGGUGGUGUCUUCUGGGGCACAAAGCAGAAAAAAGGAGGCUGGACUGGGUGAUUAGGCUGAUGCCAGAAGAAACUGCAGGGCUGCUCUUCACUGGAUCCUCUCCUCCACCAAGACUCUGCAUCUGUCAAAUGCCACCCCAGGGGAGAGCAGCGCAAGGCCGUGUCAGUCAGGAUAACGCCAGCCAUGGUGCAUGGUGCAGGGGGGCAGGCACCAGCUUCUGUUGAAGGAUAAUGUUUAGCAUAUAUUUCUCAGGGUUUAUUUUUAAGCAUUGUAAAAACAUUUGUGUAAGUAAAUACACUUGUAAGUUUGCAACAAC